GAUUCAGUUUAUUUGUGUGACCGCUCUAGGUGUUCUAGACGAGGCGCUUUGCAUCACUAUUGUUUAGUUUCCAUCCCAUCCACUAAAGAAAGUCCUUCCAGCCGAGUGACAAACGCUUUGCGACUCGGUUGAUUCAAAAGAAUCGUUUCAACUGAACCGAGUCGCCCGGGAAUCACUCCAGUACUUAGGCUCAGCGCACGCGAGUGUUUCCCAGAGUGACGGGAGGAUCUUUGGAUGAGAGCACACAUCUUUGACCGCAGCAGAACAUCGAGCGGCAAAGACAACGAGUGUGGAUGUACGAGGGGCUUUUUGUUUUCAAUCUUUUAUUCAUUCAGUGUUAAUGGCUCGGGAAUGGAGAUAGCUUUGGUGAGCUUUGACAAGCGGGGUGACGGAGGCAGUGAUGGGGAACCUUACCAAAACCAAAACUCCCUGGAUCAUCCGCGCCUGGUCCACAACAAAGACCUCUACUCGAGAAGUCCACAGCAGAGCUCGUGGAAAAUGAACGACAUGAACAACACGAUGAUGGGCUCCACGGAGAACACGGUGGAUUAUUACAGCCCCCAUUUGUUCGAUGAGGACAUUCUGGACAUGGAUAUGGACCAUGAGAGCAACGAACGGGUUCUUAUUAAUAUCGCCGGACUUAGGUUCGAGACGCAGCUGGGCACUCUGAACCAGUUUCCCGACACUUUACUUGGAGACCCGGACAAGAGAAUCAAGUAUUUCGACCCCCUCAGGAACGAGUAUUUCUUUGACCGCAACAGACCGAGUUUUGACGGAAUUCUCUAUUUCUAUCAGUCUGGCGGGAAAAUCCGGCGACCCGUUAACGUGUCCAUCGACGUGUUUGCCGACGAGAUCCGCUUUUAUCAGCUGGGAGAAGAAGCGAUGGACCGUUUCCGCGAGGAUGAGGGCUUUAUCAAAGAAGAAGAGAAGCCGUUGCCACAGAACGAGUUUCAGAAACAGGUGUGGCUCAUCUUUGAGUACCCGGAGAGCUCCAGUCCUGCGCGAGGCAUAGCUAUCGUCUCCGUCCUCGUCAUCACCAUCUCCAUCAUAACGUUCUGUCUGGAAACUUUACCCGAGUUCCGCGACGAGCGCGAGCUUCCGGUGACGAGUCGCGCGCUCAAUGGGACUCAAGAGCGUCCGUCGCUCACCUUCAGCGACCCGUUCUUCAUCAUUGAAACCACCUGUGUGAUUUGGUUCACCUUUGAGCUCUUCGUGCGCUUCUUUGCCUGUCCUAGUAAGUCUGAAUUCUCCAAAACCAUCAUGAACAUCAUUGAUAUCAUGUCUAUCAUGCCUUACUUCAUCACCUUGGGCACGGAGCUGGCGGAGCAGCAGGGCCAGGAGCACAAUAACGGCCAGCAGGCCAUGUCUCUGGCCAUCCUGAGGGUCAUUCGUUUGGUUCGGGUGUUUCGUAUAUUUAAGCUCUCUAGACACUCCAAGGGGCUUCAGAUCUUGGGCCAGACUUUAAAAGCCAGCAUGCGAGAGCUGGGCCUCUUGAUCUUCUUUCUUUUCAUUGGUGUCAUAUUAUUCUCCAGUGCGGUCUUCUUCGCCGAGGCAGACGAACCCGAGUCUCACUUCUCCAGCAUCCCAGACGCCUUCUGGUGGGCUGUGGUGACCAUGACCACAGUCGGAUAUGGUGACAUGAGACCGGUGACUGUGGGGGGCAAGAUCGUGGGCUCGCUGUGUGCCAUCGCAGGGGUGCUGACCAUCGCGUUGCCGGUGCCGGUCAUUGUGUCUAACUUCAACUAUUUCUACCACAGAGAAACCGACCAAGACCAGGCGUCUCUCAGAGAGGAGCCUAACAACGCCGGCCCCUCGAACCCAAGCGACGACCUCCACGGCUUGAGGAAAUCGUCGACCUCGAACUCGAAAGACGGAGACCGUAGUGAAGAAACCAACAUUCCGGUCGAGAAGAGCAACAUGAAAGCUAACAGCAGACUGGACAUCAAGCGCUCGCUUUAUACGUUUUGCUUGGACACUAGAGAAACCGACCUCUAGUUUGUCCGGCUCAGCCGGCUCCCGUCACUGUUUCCAACUUCAGCUGUUUCUAUCUCAGGGAGACUGAGCAGGAGUACACGCGUCUCAGAGAAGAGCGCAGCGGUGGCCCUUCCAGCCCGUGCGAUGAACUUCACGAGAAGGAGAACACAACGAGGAAGGAAACAUGUUUGAGAAGACUGACGUGAAGAAACGUCAGUCCAUAUCCACCAUGCGAAGUUAAUGCACACCGAUUCUGGACUGUUCAAAUCCUGGAAAGUUGCAGUUAUUUUUUUUUUUUUUAAGCACAUUUUAAUCUGUUGAACUCCUGGGCACCAGCGACUUUUAAGCAUUACUUUUAUAAUUUCUUAUUCAGAAACACACAACAUAAUGAUAAUAAUAAUUAUAAUUUUUAAAAAAAUAUUAAUUAUGUACAAUUGUACGAUCGCAGGCCUUAACUCUUUCACGACCUCUUAUGCUGUUCAUAGUCGCCCAGUGAUUCAAAUGAAAAGCCAAAAUUGGUUUUCUUCUUUAAAACAUACUACUUAAAAACAACAGAUGUACAUAUUUUUGUAAAAUAGUUGUUUGGUCUCUCGGGUCUCGAUCAAUCUCACUUUCAUAGUUAGUCUAAAAUACUGUUUAUGUGUCGUCUGUGGCUAUCAGUAUUUGAUCAUUUAUUUAGAGCAAUAUUUUUUCACUCGCAAAUUGAAAACUCGAUGGCGUAUGAAAUCUAUGGAGCACUUCAAGGGAGAGGACAACUUUAAGUUGCUUUGCUUCUGAGUUCACAACGAUAAAGCCUUGUCGACUUUAAACGGAUUGAGAAUGGAUUCAAGCAGACAUGACAGUGUAUCGGAGAAGGAGACCUCAACGAAUGAUGAUCUACUGAAUCCAGCGGAGAACUUAGAGAGGAGCCGGUGAUCAUUUUUCAUGCAAGAUGGCGUACUGGUUAUAUAAGUGGAAGCAGCAUAUAAAAGCAGAAAGACUAGUGAAGCGAGUGUUAAACGACGGUGUAAUGAUUCCCAGAGGCAGUGAGGGGGAUAAGGAGAACAAAUUCCUAUUAAGAUCCCAGAAGAGGAGCCCUAAUCAUGACAACAGAUUCUUCAACCCUUCUGAAAACCUCCGCAGAAACCUGUGCCUUUGCUCAAACCCUGUGAAUCUAUCAUUGUGUACGGGACCAGAAUAUGAAACUGACACUGACAGACGCCUGACAGACACCUUUAUGAACUGGACAGGAGACGUGUAACGGUGGGACACAAGACUGUCUAAGAGGAAAUCCCACUCUGUGCAAUAUCAGUCUGUUUUCGAGUGAACUUCAUGUCCAUGUAGACUGUGUUCAGGUGGUUUAUUUUUGUAAAGCUGUUUCCUGACGUAUAUUUUUCUAAAACAAUAUCAUUCUCCAACAGAAGAGACGCCUACGAACACUGAGCGAUCAAAUAUUGUUCGUCUUUUUAGACGGGGAAAAGCCAUAGUACUUCUCAUCAUCAACAGAGAUGGUGUUUGCUGAAAAUCAUUGUGACCCUUACAUAUACCCUUUCACUUUUGUUUGCUGUAUUUGAGUGUUUAUCUAAUUUAAUAAUAAAAAUCAUAACAUAAGAAAUAAAUAUUUAUCUAAAUCUAAAAAAGUGUAUAAUAUAAAUGCUCAAUUGGUAGAGC